CCUAAACUUUUUACCAGCUGGUCAUACUGCUUCAAAUAAAAAUAAAUAUAAACAAAUUCAAGAAAUGUCCGUAAAUCUGAAUAAUGUAUCGCAGGAUUAUGCCAAAAUCAUUCAGAGCGCCGAUCUGGACAAGGAGAUAAACCCGCUGUGCACCAAUAUAGACGAUAUGCUGGCCAGACUCGAUGAAUUCGAAACUUUGUUGUCUUCGGUGCGUGCCGAGUCCAAUGGCAUGAUGGCCAACAAUGUGUGCAGCAUCUUGGGCUUCAGCGACAGCUUCGACCAAUUGCGCACACGGAUCGAUGGCCUGGAGCAGUUUGUGGCCGCUGUGAGUGCCAACCUAAGCGAAGUUGAGAGAUCGGUGGACAUGGCGGAGGAGGAGCUGCAUGUGACGGAUUACAGCAUCAAGGGACUGCUACUAAAACCCCUCAAAGCUAAGCUGACUGCUGCCGAUCCCCUGAACUCCGCCUCGCAGCCCCGCUCCAAUCUGGUGGACGGCGAAUAUCAACCUUUUGAGGUUUACAAAUCUGAUGAUUACUUUGGAGCAGCGCAAAAGGAGGAGGAACCAGUGGCGGAGGUGUUGGUUACACCCUCGUCUAGCUAACAUCGUAAAUAUUUAUUUGGUAAAUAGAAAAUAAAGUCGUUAAUUAAUAUGUUUAGUGCCUGGCACAGAGAGCAAACAAUCUGGAGAUCGUUUUAGAAGGUAGAGAAGCCUCAUAAGUUUUCAUAAAUAUUUGCUUAAUAAUAAUGUUAACAAGAAAGUGUGGUUUUUGGAAGAAUUUCUAUAUUAUCUAUUGGAUUUUUUGCAAAGUUUAAUAUUAAAAACACAAGAAAAUAAAUUGAAUAACAUUCUAAAUAAGAAUUUUCCAUGAAGUUAACAUAGAAUUAUAAAAUAUAUAUUUUUUAGUCAAACUUUGAAAUAAAAUAAAAUAAAAACCUCAA